GCACGAGCGGAUCCUCUCACUGAUCACCGGUCAUUAUUAACGCUCGAAGGAAACUUUAUUUUGUCAAUUAUUACUGAAUUGUCCGUCUUCUGUCCCAAUCAAGUUCCAAUGAGGAAACAGCGACCUGACUAGUGUGAGGAGAUGGGGACACUAAACAUUAGCGAGCAGUCUCUCCUGGUUCAGGCAGUGUUCAGCCAGAAUGCUGAAAUGCUGGAGUUUUUAUUGGAACAAAAUGAAGACGUCAAUGAAUUGGACCAAGAGUGUCGCAGCGCUCUGCAUGCCGCUGCGUUUGUGGGUGGUGCUCAUAUCAUGGACCUCCUCAUCAGUUCAGGUGCUAAUGUUAAUGCUAAAGAUCAGGAGUGGUUGACUCCUCUGCAUCGAGCUGCUGCUUCACAGAAUGAAGUGUCUGUGGGCCUGCUGCUGGGAAAGGGAGCAGAUGUGAACGCACAGGACAGAUUCUGCCAGACAGCGCUACAUGUAGCUGCAGCCAACAGAGCCACUAAAUGUGUGGAAGUUUUACUUUCUCACGUGAGCAGUUUAAAUGCAGUGGAUCGUUUUGGGAGAACAGCUUUACAUCACGCAGUUCACAGCGGACAUGCAGAGACAGUGGCUCUGCUGCUGAAUAAAGGGGCCAAAGUGAGUGCCAGAGACAUAAAGGACCGGCAACCGCUCCAUCUGGCCGCUUUUCUAGGGAACAUGGAGGUCGUGAGGCUGUUGUUGGCGUUCAGAGCUGAUGUGUCCUGCAGGGAUAAACAGGGCUUCAGUCCUUUACAUGCGGCGGCUCUCGGAGAACACACCGAAGUGCUCAAAUACCUGCUGAAACACGGAGCACAGAUUGAUGAGGUGGAUGGUUCUGGUAACAGCGCUCUCCACAUGGUGUGCAGUGCUGGUCUGGAGUCAGUAGUGUGUGAUUUGGUGAACUGCGGUGCGGAUGUGAGCCGUCCGAACCUGCGCGGCUCCACACCUCUGCAUAUGUGUGCUGAAUCUCCCGAUGGAGCCCUGUGUCUGGAGCUGCUGGUCAAUAACAGAGCACAUGUUAACAUUCCGAAUAAAGAAGGGAAGAGUCCUUUGCACAUGGCCGCCAUUCAUGGACACUUGACCCGUUCCCAAAUACUCAUUCAGAACGGCGCAGAGGUGGAGUGUGUGGAUAAUUAUGGAAACACUGCUCUUCACACUGCUGCUAAACAUGGACAUGAGCUGCUCAUCAGUGAACUGCUGAAUAACGGUGCGGAUGUGGCCAGGCGAGGCAUUAAUGGCAUGACUCCAUUGCACUUGGCGGUGUUUUACGGCAUUUCAGACUGUUGUCGGAAGCUACUUUCCUCAGGGUUUGAUAUAAAUACUCUGGACGGCCUGAGCAGGACGUGUUUACAUAUCGCUGCUUCAGGAAGAAACGUCGAAUGUCUGAAGCUGCUGUUGGACAGUGGUGCCGAUUUGAGUAUAAAGGACAACAUAGGAAGGUCUGCUUUGCACUAUAGCUCAGUGAAUGGCUCGUACCUGUGUACGGUGGCUCUGGUGAACGCUGGAGCUGAUGUUAAUGAGCUGGAUGUCAAUGGAUGUAGUUCACUGCACUAUGCAGCGGCCGCACAAACCUCUCACAGAGUUGAGCAGGCCAGUCCUGACAGACCGUCUCUCAGCGGUGAUAAUGAUGAGGAGGCUCUCUGGUGUUUAGAGUUUCUUUUGCAAAGCGGUGCUGAUCCAACACUGCGAGACAAUGAAGGAUUCAGUCCAGUCCAUUACGCUGCUGCCCGAGGGGACAAACACAACCUCAAACUGCUCAUAGAAAUGUCUUUCAAAUGUGUGGAAGAUCUGGAGAAUUGUGUUCCUGUGAGUCCUUUACACUUAGCGGCGUAUAACGGUCACAGUGAAGCUCUUCAGCUGCUGUGUGAAACGUUGGUCAAUGUGGACAUGCAGGACUCCAGGGGCCGAACGGCUCUGUUUUUGGCGGCUCUGAGGGGCCACGGCUCCUGUGUGGAGCUGCUGCUGCUUCAAGGAGCUUUGUUUUCCAUCAGGGAGACCGUCCACCACUGGACACCCCUACAUGCUUCAGCUGCCAAUGGCCACACUGACUGUCUGCUCAUGCUGUUGAAAAGUGCUGAAAAAAACAACAUCAUUGACCUGGUGGACAAGCAUGGACAGACUCCGCUGAUGUUGGCCGCUCUGGGCCGUCACACUGACUGUGUGCACAUGCUGCUGGAGAGAGGAAGCAAACCAGACUCUGCAGACAGAAGAAGCCGCACUGCCUUACACCGCGCUGCAGCAGUUGGCAGUGAGGAGUGUGUCUCGGCUCUGCUGGUUCAUGGGGCUUUCUCUCUCUGUCGAGAUGUUCACGGCAGAAUCCCUUUGCACUUCGCUGCCUCCUGUGGUCACUCAGAGCUCCUGCUGCCUUUGCUGGAUGCAGUUUCGCUCUCAGAUCCUCUGGACUCUCUGCUGGACUACAGCUCAUACACGCCCACUCACUGGGCCGCUUACCAUGGGCACACUCACUGUCUAGAGGUUUUACUUGACUACAAACCAUCAAGCGUCCAGGAUGGAAAUGGCUUUUCUCCGUUACACUGUGCACUGAUUACUGGCCACGAUGGCGCUGCUCAACUGCUUAUUGAAACUAUGGGAACAAAGCUCACGAACCUCAGAGAUGACAAAGGAAGAACUCCACUUCACGCAUCGGCCUAUUCUGGAAGCGUCUCAGCGCUAGUGUUAGCAUUGAGCUGCGCUUCAGAUGUAAACUCAGUGGACCGAGCCGGACGCUCCGCAUUAAUGUUCGCUGCUGAGAAUGGACACACGUCUGCUGUCGAAAUCCUGCUUCAUGAGGCCAGAGCGGAUCUGUCUCUGCAGGACGUCAGCAUGAACUCAGCUCUUCAUCUGGCCUGUAGAAGAGCUCAUGAAAUGUGUGCUCUCCUUAUUCUGGCGGAGACUGACGACACGUCGCUCAUCACUUCCACAAACAGCGCACUUCAGACGCCUCUGCAUAUCGCAGCUAGAAAUGGUCUUGUGACAGUGGUUGAGGUUCUGCUGACUCGAGGAGCAACAGUUCUGGCCGUAGAUAAAGACGGACACACUCCAGCAUUGGCUUGUGCACCAAAUAAAGAUGUGGCUAAGUGCCUGGCGCUCAUCAUUUCCACUAUGAAGCCGUUCGUCGGUUUGAUGAAGAACUGUGGCAGUGGCGUUUCCCAUCAGCCCCUGCGCAACGGCGUAUCUCUACAUCUGCUCACAGAGGAGCCGCAGGGCUGAGCGUCAUUUUCAAUGGCAUCUGUCCUGCUGGAAGGUAUCAAAACAGACUUUUUACAACACUUUUUAUGUAUUUAUAAAGAAAGACAGUGUAGAAAAUGAAGAAAAAACACUAUUUGGUUACCCUGCAACCUCCUGACGUGCUCCACAAGAUGUAAACAUGUCAAAAUAAAAGUGCACAUGGAAUAUGAGGCUUUUUUUCAAGACUUUGAACAUAAUUUCAUCAUGGACCCUAUUCACAAGACUGUUUUUAAAGUCAUCAGCAUCUUAAAUCCUUGAAAGUUUUUAAUAUUUUGAUUUUAAAGAUGUAAAAUAAGUGCUUGGUUUCAUGUGUCUGUGAAGUUUCACCUCAAAAUUCCCAUCAGAUCAUUUUUCAUACCCUCCUGAAUAUGUGAAUUUUCAGCCUAGAGGACAUUGUUACUGAUUUUGCUGCCUGUGCCUUUAAAUGCAAAUGAGCUGGUUCUCCCUGCCCACUGUUCCUACCUGGGUGUAUGUUUCUCCUGCUGCUUCAUGUCAUAUAAACAGCAGUCGGUGAUACUGAUGAAGCAGGGAUCCAGUUUAUGAGUCAAAAAUACCAAGUAAGGGUAUUUGAUGUAUUUGUUGUGGAGUUAAUUCAAGCCUUUCUGCAACGAUGAGCCACGCAAAUGCCAUUGCACAUACACACACGCGCACACGUUUAACUUUGCACUGUUUUUGCACAUCUACUUGCAGCAAAUUUGGAUAUCAAUUAUGCUAUUGUACGAAAUCACAGAUUUAACGUCCACAAGCCGGGAUUGAUGUUAUGUUUGAAGUGUCCUUCAAUAUAAUUGUACUGACACUUUGCGGCUGUGGUUAUUUCAGCGAAUUGAGAUAUUCCUCUCUUUAUUACAAACCUGUACUG